GAUGACGGAAGAGGUGACCGAACUCGACUCCCCAUCGCUCGUCGAGCUGGAUGAGACCCUCAAGAAGCAAGCUACAAUCAGCGAACAAUCUCCCAUGCGCCUGCGUAUGGAGAAGCUCAUUAAAGAACACCAGCAGAAGAUCAUUGAAGAGUUGAGCAGGAUAGACGGGACGCAAUUCAAAACCGACACCUGGACGCGCCCCAAUGGAGGUGGUGGGAUAUCUUGCGUCCUUCAGGAUGGGAAUGUCUUCGAGAAAGCCGGUGUGAACGUAUCCAUUGUCUAUGGUGAAUUACCCCGUCCAGCCAUUGAGAAGAUGCGGGCAGACCACAAGUCCUUCGUCGGUGCCGACGUCGAUUCUUUGAGCUUCUUCGCAGCCGGCCUGUCUCUUGUCUUGCACCCUCAUAACCCCAUGGCCCCGACCGUUCACUUGAACUAUCGAUACUUCGAGACAUCGGAUCCUAAGGACCCCAUAAAUGGCGACAAGAACUGGUGGUUCGGUGGCGGUACGGAUCUGACCCCCACAUAUCUGUUCCCUGAAGACGCCAGACACUUCCACCAGACGAUGAAAGACGCCUGUGACCGGCACGACGCCACAUACUACCCGAAGUUCAAGGCAUGGUGUGACAAGUAUUUCUAUAUCCCCCAUCGCCGGGAGUGCCGCGGCGUCGGAGGUAUCUUCUUCGACGAUCUCGAUGCCAGUUUCUUACAGACAUCCUCGAGCUCCUCGCAAAAUCCGCAGGAGACCCUUUUCUCCUUCGUGUCCGACGGUCUCGCCUCCUUCCUCCCCUCCUACGUCCCCAUCAUUGAGCGCCGGAAGGACAUGCUCUACACGCCAGAGCAAAAGGAAUGGCAACAGCUUCGACGGGGCCGCUACGUCGAGUUCAACUUGGUAUAUGACCGCGGCACCAGCUUCGGUCUCCGCACUCCGAAUGCCCGCAUCGAAAGUAUUCUGAUGAGUCUUCCCCGCACCGCAAGCUGGGCCUACAUGGAUCCGGUAUCGGGAACCCGGACGGAGGAUCCUGAGAGCGGGGAUGACGCGCUUCUCGGCGAGGGCAAGGAGAGCGAGAAGGAAAUCAUGGAUGUUCUGAGACACCCCAGACAAUGGGUGUAAAGCAGCUGACUGGAUUUGUCGGCAAAAUAUCCCCUAAAACGUCUGAUAAUUUCUCUAUGGACGAUGUAUAACCUGUAUGUAUAUUAUGAGCUGCAUCUAUGGCUACGUGACGUAAAAAGCAGAACCGCAUGUAGAAAAAGAAGGGAAAGACUUUCAAAAUAGAAAGCAAUGUUCAUCACGGUGCCACGGUGCUUUCAAGGUGCGUAUGCCAAUAUGCCUAUAAUGCUGAUCAAGUUCCAACAAACCAUGGUAAUCUAGCCGCAACAAUCUGGUAUAGCGCGGUAGACGAAAAGUAUGUAUGUAGAAAGGUAUAAUAACAACAGCAAGAACAGUCUUGAUAACGAUGAAAGAUGCAAAGGGAAACGGGGAAGGAAGGAGAGGGAAAC